AUGAGGACGAUGAGUUCAACCCCGCGCCCCCAUGAAGACUCCGAUGCCGAGGAGCCCAGAGCCAAGCCCGCCAAGAAAGAGAGAUCUGGCGGCGACGGCGAGAAUGAGGACGAUGUGAAAUACGGACGCGUCCCCCACGACGAAGAGGAUGAUGCCAAAGACGUCGAGGAGGACGAUGAGGAGGGCGACAACCAAGCAGAGGAUGAUGACGAGGAAGACGAGGAAGAGGAUGAAGAAGAGGCAGUGAGCCAUCGCCCGCGUAAGAGAAUGAAGGCCAACCCUUUCAUUGAAAUCGAAGCCGGUGUCGACGAAGAAGAGGACGAAGCCGAAGAUGAAGAGGAUGAGCUCGCCGAAUUUGGCAUGGAAACCCACCCCGAUGACCUCGAUGUGCUACCCGGAGGCACCGAGACAGAUGACCGCCGUCACCGACAAUUGGAUCGCCAGCGCGAGAUUGACGCCAGCAUGGACGCAGAGAAGCAGGCACAGAUGCUUAAGGAGCGAUACGGACGGAACCGUGCGGCAGCUUCAGAUGCGCUCGUCAUCCCGAAACGACUUCUUCUUCCUAGUGUGGAGGAUCCCAGUAUUUGGGGUUGCCGCUGCAAACCUGGCAAGGAGAAGGAAGUCGUCUAUUCGAUCCAGAAACGUAUUGAAGAACGCCCAGCAGGCUCCCGCAACCCGAUUCGUAUCAUUUCAGCCUUUGAGCGUGGCAAUGUUAUGCAGGGUUGGUUCUACUGUGAAGCCCGCAGACAGGCAGAUGUCACCGAAGGUCUGGAGGCCAUCAACUUCUACUAUCCAUCCCAGAAGAUGACCUUGGUUCCCGUGAAGGAGAUGCCUGAUCUUUUCCGUGUUCAAAAAUCCGAAGAGCUUUUGCCUGGUGGCUGGGUCCGUAUCAAGCGCGGCAAAUACUCGGGUGAUUUGGCACAGAUCGAGGAGGUUGAAACAAAUGGACUGAAUGUCACUGUUCGCCUUGUUCCUCGACUGGACUACGGAAUGAACGACGAUGCUCUUGGUGCUCCUGCAGCUGAAUCCAAGCGCAAACGUGGUCUCACCAAUACUGUUCGCCCUCCCCAGCGCCUCUUCAGCGAGGCAGAGGCAAAGAAGAAGCACGCAAAGUACCUGUCGUCUACUUCAGGUCUCGGUGGAAAAUCAUGGAACUAUCUGAACGACAACUACGUCGACGGCUUCCUCAUCAAGGAUAUGCGGGUCCAGCACUUGGAUACCAAGAAUGUCAACCCUAGGCUAGAGGAAGUCACAAUGUUUGCCCGCGGAGGCGAAGACGGUACUGCUAACCUUGACCUGGCUUCGCUCGCUGAGACCCUUAAGAAGUCCACUGCCGAGGAAGCCUACCAACCGGGCGAUCCGGUGGAGGUCUACCGAGGUGAACAGCAGGGCCUUAUUGGUCGCACAGUGUCAACUCGAGGUGACAUCGUUUCUCUGCAAGUUACCGAAGGUGAGCUGUCUGGACAGACAAUUGACGCGCCUGUUCGCACCCUUCGCAAACGAUUCAGAGAGGGUGAUCACGUCAAGGUCAUUGGAGGCAGUCGUUAUCAAAACGAAUUGGGUAUGGUGGUCCAAGUCAAGGACGAUACAGUUACUCUACUCAGUGAUAUGAGCAUGCAGGAGAUCACAGUCUUCAGUAAAGACCUCCGACUUUCUGCUGAGAUGGCUGCCGAUGGACAGCUUGGCAUAUAUGAUGUUCAUGAUCUCGUCCAGCUUGAUGCUGCCACAGUUGCCUGUGUCAUCAAAGUGGACCGCGAGUCGCUCCGCGUUGUGGACCAGAAUGGCUCUGUUCGGAAUAUUCUGCCCACCCAGAUUGCAGCCAAAAUCACUCCUCGCCGUGAUGCAGUCGCUACUGAUAAGAAUGGCGCAGAGAUUCGACUUGGCGACACUGUCCGCGAGCUCCAUGGAGAGCAGCGGAGCGGAGUCAUCCGCCACAUCCACCGUUCAUUCCUUUUCUUGCACAAUAAGGCCCAAGCUGAAAACGCCGGUAUUACCGUAGUGCGGACAUCAAGCGUUGUCACUGUUUCGGCACGAGGCGGCCGACCUGCCGGACCUGACCUGACCAAGAUGAACCCUGCCCUGGCUAUGCAAACACCUGGUGGUGGUGGGGCUCAAAUGCCACCUCCUCGUCGUGGCCGCGACAGAUUGCUUGGAAAGACAGUAACUAUUCGCAAGGGUCGCUAUAAGGGACUUGUCGGAAUUGUUCGCGAUGCCGAUGAUAGUUCCGCCCAGGUGGAGCUUUACACAUCUAACAAGCCCGUUCACAUCCCACGGGACAUCCUUACCGUCAAAGAUCCCAUCACCAAACAAUCCCUGGAUAUGGGUGGUGGCCGCGGAAGAGGGUCACGCACUCCAUUUGGCUCCUCGGCCGGUCUCCCAUCGAGAGAAGGUGGAUGGGCCGGUGGUCGCACUCCGAUGGCUGCCGCAGACUCCUCCAGAACCCCGGCCUGGGGCGGCGCAGGAGGAUCCAGAACUCCUGCUUGGGGGAACGCCAGUGGGUCUCGCACACCAGCAUGGAAGAACGAUGGCUCCCGCACCUCAAAUCCCUACGAAGGAAACCGCACUGCCUACGGAGGAGUGGGCAACCGCACACCAGCCUGGAACUCGGGAUCAAAGACACCAUACGACUCCAGCUCUGGUUUCGACGCCUUUGCCUCUGGCUCUCGCACCCCCGCCUGGGGCAGUGCCGGCGGAAACGCAGGAAACCGCACCCCAGCUUGGGGUGGCCUGUCCAGUAGCCGAGACCAGCGCGACUUCGAUGACGCCCCCACACCCGGUGGAGGCUACUCCGCCCCCACACCAGGCGCGUACACAGCACCUACCCCCGGCGCACCAACACCUGGAGCAUGGCCGGAAAGUGCCCCCACACCCGGCGGUGCUUUCAGCGCACCAACCCCUGGCGGCCCUUCGAAGCGUGACUACGACGCUCCUACUCCUGCGGCGUAUGACGCGCCAACUCCUGCCAUGGGUGGUGCGGCUGCCACGCCCGGCGCUGGAUAUGGUGGUAAUGAUAACGGACCUCGAUAUGAUGACUCGCCGAGUCCGUGA